CAUAAUUAAAGGGGGAACCCUGAAGUUACCUCGCUAACCCCAAAUCCUGCUUCUUAGUACCAGUAGUACAGGCCUCAGAUAGGCCUGUUUACCUGCGGCGACAUUGUGUUUGUUAUUGUAAUGGAGGAGGUCAGCUGGUUGUAUUUUGAAGAUGAUUGGUCAUUUCCCUGAUGGACACACCUUCAUACCAAUUGCUGCCUGGAUGUGGCUAACGUAACACGCACGACGUCCUAACUUCACUAGUAGUUAGCUACUAUCGUCAACAGUUCAUACUGAAAAGAUGUCCCGAGAGCAGCUGGUUGUUCAACGGGCCAGGAAGUCCUUCCAGACAGGGAAAACCAAGCCUCUGGAGUACAGGAUCCACCAGCUGAAGAGCCUGCUCCGCUUCAUCUCAGAGAGACGCAGGGACAUAGCAGAGGCCGUCAAAAAGGACCUCGGCAAGAGUGAAAAUGGGACCGAGCUGUUUGAGACACUGGGACUGGAGGGAGAGAUCAAGCUGGCUAUGGAGAAGGUGGCAGAGUGGGCGGCUCCUCGGCCGGUAGAGAAGAACCUCCUCACCAUAUCAGACGAGGUUUAUGUGCAGCCGGAGCCUCUGGGAGUGGUGCUCAUCAUCGGGGCCUGGAACUACCCCUGGGCUGUCACCCUCCAGCCACUGGUUGGAGCUAUCGCUGCUGGUAAUGCAGCAGUCAUAAAGCCAUCCGAGGUCAGCUCUCACUCUGCCAAGGUCAUGGAGGAUCUUCUCCCUCAGUAUCUAGACAAAGAUCUGUACCCAGUGGUGACAGGUGGAGUGUCAGAGACCCAGGAGCUGCUGAGGCAGAGAUUUGACCACGUCUUCUACACAGGAAGCAGCUCAGUGGGUAAAUUGGUGAUGGAGGCUGCGGCUCGCCACCUCACCCCUGUGACCCUGGAGCUGGGAGGGAAGAGCCCCUGCUACAUCGACAAGAACUGUGACAUUACUGUCGCAUGUCGUCGCAUCACGUGGGGAAAGUUUGUCAACUGUGGCCAGACAUGCAUCGCUCCUGACUUCAUCCUGUGUGAACCCUCCAUCCAGAGCAAAGUAGUGGAAGAGAUCAAGAAGUGCAUCAAGGAGUUUUACACAGAGACGCCAGAAACCUUCGAGGACUACGGACGCAUUAUCAACCAGCGGCACUUCAAGAGGCUCAUGGGUCUUAUGGAGGGCAGCACCGUUGCUGUUGGUGGAGACAGUGAUGAAUCCCAGUGCUACAUAGCCCCCACUGUGUUGAAGGAUGUGACGGGAGAAUCCAAAGUGAUGACUGAGGAGAUCUUUGGACCCCUGCUGCCCAUCAUCACAGUGAGCGGUGUAGACGAGGCCAUCCAGUUUAUUAAUGAGCGAGAGAAACCUCUGGUUAUAUACGUCUUCUCCCAUGACAACAAGCUGAUCAAAAGGGUGAUCGCUGAGACGUCCAGCGGAGCGCUGCUGGCUAAUGAUUGUCUGGUACACUUCACUGUUGCCGCUCUGCCCUUCGGAGGAGUUGGUAACAGUGGUAUGGGUUCUUACCACGGCCGGCACAGCUUCAACCAACUCAGCCACCUGCGCAGCUGUCUGAUCAAGCAGCUGAAGAUGGAGGGAGUCAACAGCAUGCGGUACCCCCCUCACACAGACAAAAAGCUGGGCUGGGCUCGAUUCUUUCUGCUCAAGCAGGUCAAUGUGGGCAGGCUGCAGCGCAUGGCACUGCUGGCCGCGUUGGCUGGCUUGGCAGCAUUUGUGGUGCAGGUAAAGGAACUAAAAUAUACCGGUCCGGUCCACAGAGGAAUAAAAGGUUUUGCUUUGGUAUCAUUAAUGUUUUGUUUUACACGUCUGUAGUUUCCUGGAAAGAACUUUUAACUUUGGUACUUAUUACAGGGAGAUUAGAGUUCUGAGACGUGUGUGAGUUUAGUGCAUUGAGUUCAGAUUAAAAGCAGUUUUUCAAAGGAAUCUUCUUAAAACAAGUAAAUAUUGAUUCAUUAUUAAUGGAACCUUUAUUCUCUGUGUUGAAAUGCAAUGCUUUCCUGUGCACUCAUUUCACUUUCCUGCUGUGACAUGACUAGAAUACUCUCUAGACACACAAGCAAUUGAGAGUAGUAAAGUAAUUGGAAGUGUACCAGUUGAACACGGUCUCCAUUUUCCCUUUUAAUCAGUACUAAAUGUUCCUCAGUUCCUUCCUAUGAAACUAUGACCUGUAAAAUAAAGCAUCACCAUGAUUUAUUUUUUUAACACAUACAUGACAAUGCAAUAACAUAGUUUUCAAGGUUUUGUGAGAUUAUGAAAGCAAUUAAAUGCACAUUAGGUAUCACCUCCAUCAAUAGUGUCUGGUUACUUAACCUUAAAUCCCUUUCCGAUGUGUUAGGCUUAUUGUUCAAAAAAUAACAUGUCAUACAAGAAACCAGAAGAUCUCUCUAACACCAUGGGUUAUUAAUAAGAACAAACAGCGACAGUAAUGUAAAGCUUUGACAACUUCUCAUCAAAGUUACCAAUGGCUGCUAAUGUUGCUGCUGGUGAGACAACUGUUGCCUUCAAAGGCUGCACCAUCCAAGCACCUGUAUUAAAGAAUAAGGCAAAAGCA